AUGGGGAGUGUCCUUGGGGAGGGACUCUAUUUUGUGCUGAUUCUGGUAGUAGUGUCUGUGACAGUGAGCCCUGUGGAUGCUCAACCAAAGUCUAUUCUCUUAAAUUGCGGUUCAAGUUCUUCCGUCAAUGUGGAUGGUAGAAAAUGGGUGGGGGACUUGGCCACUGAUAACAAUGUCACCCUAAGCACCCCCAGUGUUGUUGCUAACACUUCUACAUUAAGUGGCAGUUCAAUCUAUGACCCUCUCUAUAAAACAGCCAGAAUUUUCACUGUUCCUUUGAAUUACACAAUAAAAAAUGUUCAGGGAAAUUACUUCGUUAGGUUCCAUUUCUGCCCCUUUGUGAUUGACGGCUUCAAUGUAAAUGAGUCCUUAUUUGGUGUUGUGGUCAAUGGUGUUAAACUGUUAUCAGAGUUUGAUGUUCCUCGUAAGAUAUCCCACAAGAAUAUUAACUUGCUGAAUUCUGGAAGAAAUGCUAGUUCAUUCUUCUUGGUCAAAGAAUAUAUUCAGGCUGUGAAUGGGGAUAUGCUUGUGAUUGAGUUUCUCCCAACCAGAAGCUCCUUUGGCUUCAUCAAUGCCAUUGAGAUUGUCCCAGUUGUGGGUGAAGUUUUUGCUGGCUCAAUUAGUAGCGUUGGUGGAGGAAGUGCUGGAAACUUGAAUUUGCCCGGACAUGGGAUGGAGACUAUGUAUAGGUUGAAUGUUGGUGGUCCUGAGAUUCAGUCCAAUCAGGAUCGUGAUCUCUGGAGAACUUGGGAAGUGGAUUCUGGAUAUAUGAUCAUAGAAAAUGCUGGGUCUGGAAUUAACAACAGUUCUAACAUUACCUAUUCUUCCAUGAAUGACACUUCGGUGGCUCCUCUCCUUGUGUACGAAACUGCCAGGACAAUGUCCAACUCUGAAGUCUUGGACAAAAGGUUCAACAUGUCGUGGAAAUUUGUUGUAGAUCCUGACUUUGAUUACUUGAUCCGUUUGCAUUUCUGUGAGCUGGUUUAUAACAGGGCAAAUGAGAGAAUAUUUAGGAUCUACAUAAAUAAUAGGACAGCUGCGGACAAUGUUGAUGUGUUUGUGCGUGCAGGAGGGAUGAAUAAAGCAUAUCACCUGGACUAUUUUGAUCCUGUGUCAUCAAAGAUUGACACGGUUUGGGUUCAACUCGGUCCUGACACAGCUGCUGGUGCUGCAGGAACUGAUGCUCUCUUGAAUGGUCUGGAGGUCUUCAAGCUUAAUCGAAAUGGAAAUCUUGCCUAUGUUGAGAGGUUUGACAUAGGUGGUAAUUCAGGAAGCAAAUCAAAAGCGAGAGCUGUUUGGGUGGGAGUUGGAGUAGGUGUAGCAAUUAUAGUUGCAAUUAUAGUUGUUCUAGUAUUCUGUUUCUGUAAAAGCAGGAGGAAGGAAUCAGGUGAUACCAAAAACAACCCUCAGGGUUGGAGACCAUUGUUCCUCUAUGGAGGGGCUCCUGUUAACAACUCUUCGGGUGGGAAGGGAUCAGCAGGAACUCAAAAGCCAUACGGAUCUGUGGCCUCAAUCAGAGUUGGCAAGAGGUUUACAUUGGCAGAAAUCAGUGCUGCAACAAACAACUUUGAUGAGAGUUUGGUAAUUGGAGUUGGAGGCUUUGGUAAGGUGUACAAGGGGGAGAUUGAAGACGGUGUUCUGGCUGCAAUUAAGCGCGCCAACCCCCAGUCUGAGCAAGGCCUGGCUGAAUUUGAGACUGAAAUUGAGAUGCUGUCCAAACUUAGACACAGACAUCUGGUGUCCUUAAUUGGUUUCUGCGAAGAGAAGAAUGAAAUGAUCUUGGUUUAUGAGUACAUGGCCAAUGGAACUCUCAGAAGCCACCUAUUUGGGAGUGGUCUCCCUCCCUUACCCUGGAAGCAGCGCUUAGAAGUGUGCAUUGGUGCUGCAAGGGGACUGCACUACCUUCACACAGGUGCCGACCGUGGAAUCAUUCACAGGGACGUCAAGACAACCAAUAUUCUGCUAGAUGAGAACUUUGUAGCCAAAAUGUCUGAUUUUGGAUUGUCAAAAGAUGGUCCAGCUUUUGAACACACCCAUGUUAGCACAGCUGUGAAAGGAAGUUUUGGCUAUCUUGACCCUGAGUACUUCAGAAGGCAGCAAUUGACUGAGAAAUCAGAUGUAUACUCCUUUGGAGUUGUGUUGUUUGAAGUUGUUUGUGCUAGAGCUGUGAUAAACCCCACCUUGCCAAAAGAUCAGAUCAAUCUUGCAGAAUGGGCAAUGAGAUGGCAAAGGCAAAGAUCACUUGAAACCAUCAUUGACCCUCAUCUAAGAGGCAACUAUUGUCCUGAAUCAUUGGCCAAGUUUGGAGAGAUAGCAGAAAAAUGUCUUGCUGAUGAUGGAAAGAGCCGUCCCACCAUGGGGGAAGUGUUGUGGCAUUUGGAGUAUGUCUUGCAACUACAUGAAGCUUGGCUCAACAUGGAUACCACAGAAACUUCCUUCUCUAGUUGUAGUCAUGCUUUGGGAGGUUCAAAAGAUGGAGGACUAGAAAUGGUACAUGAGUCUUCGAGUCAAGAUGAAGUUGGUUUUGAUAAAAACACACAGCUGAAUCUGAUUGAGGCCACGCAAGAGAAUGAAUCAGAGAAGUGA